ACUGUAGUACGGCAUAUCCUCUUUACGGCACACGAGUUUUUCCGUGUCCUUCACCGGCUGCACGUCUGAUCCAGAGUAAAUCUGUGGUUAAAUCCGUAUAAAAUCAUGUCGAAGCUGAGUAAAGAGACGAAGCAGCGGCUGCAGCAGGUGUUUCAGUGCGGUCAGUUCGUCAUCCGCUGGGGUUUCAUCCCGACAGUUCUGUAUCUGGGAUUUAAACGAGGUGCUGAUCCAGGAAUGCCUGAACCCACGAUUUUGAGUUUGCUUUGGGGAUGAAGACGCACCUGACAGCUAGACACCAAAUCCAGAAAGCCCAUCUUCAGUUUGAGGAGAAACAGUGGUUGAUGUUUCAUCGGUUUAUCUCAUCUGUGAACUCUAAACUUACCGGAUGAUCAUUUUAUGAUGAUGUAAAUACUAUACGGUCACUGGCACCGUUUCUUUGGAGUUUAUUUUCUGGACUUUCAUAUGUCCAAAACAUGUAUCAUCAUGAGGAAUUAAUGAAAUGUUGCUGAAUCUACUUUUAGUUUCUGAAAUUAAAUAAUUGUGAACAAUGAA